GAAUCGAAGUGAUAAUUUAUCACGUGUGAUAUUCUUUAAUUAUCACAUGAAAAUUGAAAUUAUCGUUUUUUGAUAUUCUUGAAUGAAUUAUUGAUAAUUUAAUUUGAUAAUUAAAACGAUAAAUUAUCCCUACCUAUUUCACUGGUGAAAUUGAUUAUCACUGUUACCUAUUAUUUGAGUUGUAUAUACUUGUAUUAUUAUUUUCUAUUCUAUCACCCAUUUUCUUGGUCGUUAUUGACUUUUUAGUGUAAUUUAUCGUGAUCUCGUUACUUACUCGUGAUUUUUUUUAUAAUUGAUAUAAAAAUCUACAAGAGUAUGGAUGAGUUUUAUAUAGCUGCAUUAGAAAACUUAGAACGGCAAGAAAAUGCAGUAAAUUACCGAAAGCUUAGUCACAGUGAACGAUUUGAUGCUUUUUUAUUACCAGAUUAUAUUUUUAUAAACAAUUAUAGACUGACAAAAGAUUUAGUAAGAUAUGUCAUAAACAUAUUAACUCCUCAUAUGACAGAAGCAACAAGGACAUCUGCCUUAAAUAUACAGACUAAAGUAUUCAUAGCUUUGAAUUUCUUUGCAACUGGUUCCUACCAACUUCCCGUUGGGAACAGUAAUUUAGCGAUUGUUUCCCAGCCAACUGUUUCAAGAGCGAUAGAUGAAGUAGUUAAUGCUUUGAAUCAACCAGAAAUUUUCAAAUAUUGGGUAAAAUACCCAUCAACAUUAAUAGAACUACGACAAACAAGAGAAAAAUUUAAUACAAAAUACAAUUUUCCUGGAAUAGUGGGAAUUAUAGAUUGUACACAUAUUGGAAUAUUUCCUCCCAAAACCGAUGAUCCUGUUUAUCCUGAGUACAUUUAUGUAAAUAGGAAGAACUAUCAUAGCAUAAAUGUUCAGCUAGUCUGUGAUUCCGACAUGAAAAUAAUAAAUGUUUCAGCAUUAUUUCCUGGGAGUGUAAAUGAUGCUUAUAUAUGGAACAACUCUCUACUUGAACCUACACUCAGGAGAAUAUAUAAUCAUAAUCCUGAAGGAUUUUAUCUUUUAGGAGAUUCCGGCUAUCCUUUGAGGCCUUGGCUAAUGACGCCCUUAAUGCAAUAUCAACCAAAUACUCCUGAAGAAAGAUACAAUCGUAGAUUCAAACAUGUUAGAAGCUUGAUUGAAAGAUGUAUUGGUCUUUUGAAAAUGCGUUUUCGGUGCUUGUUGAAACACAGAAUACUACAUUAUUCUCCAGUUAAAGCUUGUAAAAUAGUAAAUGCUUGCACUGUUUUACACAAUAUAUGUAUUGAGAAUAAUGUACAAUUUCAAAAUGAUGAAGAUGGUAAUGUGGAAGAAAUUGACUUAGGAAUAUUUGGAGUCGAUGACAAUGAAAGACAAGAUAUACAAGGCUUAAAUGAAGAUUUAGUAGCUGGUAGAAGGAUGCAGCACCGUGUUAUAAGAUACUUUGCUUAGAAAUAUACCUAAUUUCAAUUACCUAUAUUGUAUUAAAUAUGUAUGCACAACUUUAAAAAAAAUAUAAG